CUCACUCUCUCUCAACAACGACAAACAUCAGUAGAGCAAAUCCUCUGGAUUUUACUACAAAUACUCUAGUUAACACAUUCUCAAAUAACCUACACUAAAAUGGUGUGUGGGAUUCUUGUUUAUUUUAUCAUUUUUCUUCUUAGUUUAUUCUCAUAUAUAACGAAAAGAAGAUGCAAACAAGAACGCCAUAAAGGAAUUAAGCUCCCUCCGGGUUCAAUGGGUUGGCCUUACAUUGGAGAAACUCUUCAACUCUACUCCCAAGACCCAAAUGUAUUCUUUGCAGACAAACAGAAAAGAUAUGGAGAAAUAUUCAAGACCCAUAUUCUUGGAUGCCCAUGUGUGAUGCUGGCUAGUUCUGAAGCAGCUCGGUUUGUGUUAGUGACAGAGGCUAACUUGUUCAAACCAACGUAUCCUAAAAGCAAAGAACAUCUAAUAGGCCCAUCAGCUCUCUUUUUUCACCAAGGAGAUUACCAUAUGCGUUUAAGAAAGCUAGUUCAAAGUUCUUUGUCUCUCGAUGCACUUCGAAACUUGGUUGCUGAUAUUUCAGCCAUAGCUAACUACACCUUAAACUCAUGGGAUGCUGGCCAUGUCAUUGAUACCUUUCAAGAACUGAAAAAGUUUUCUUUUGAAGUUGGUAUUCUAGUAAUUUUUGGGCAAUUGGAGUCCCAUUACAGAGAAGAAUUGAAAAAGAACUACAGGAUAGUAGAUAAAGGCUACAAUUCUUUUCCAACAGUCCUGCCCGGAACUGCCUACAAAAAGGCACUUACGGCAAGAAAGAGGCUGAACAAGAUUUUGAGUGACAUUAUCAGCGAAAGAAAGGAAAAAAAAUUACUUGAAAAAGAUCUGUUGGGUUGUUUAUUGAAUUCAAAAGAUGAUAAAGGACAAGUACUAACCGAUGAUCAAAUCGCCGAUAACAUUAUCGGAGUUCUUUUUGCUGCUCAAGAUACGACGGCCAGUUCCCUGACUUGGGUUGUUAAGUACCUCCAUGAUAAUCCGAAGCUUCUAGAGGUUGUCAAGGCUGAACAGAAGGCAAUUUACGAAAUGAAUGGUGAAGGUAGUCAACCAUUAAGUUGGAGUCAAACUAGAAGCAUGCCCUUUACUCAAAAGGUUGUGUUAGAGAGCUUAAGAAUGGCAAGUAUUAUAUCUUUUACCUUCAGAGAAGCAGUGGCAGAUGUGGAAUACAAGGGGUGCCUGAUUCCCAAAGGGUGGAAGGUGAUGCCUUUGUUCAGGAACAUUCAUCAUAAUCCAGAAUAUUUUAGUGAUCCUCAUAAAUUUGAUCCUUCAAGAUUUGAGGUUGCACCAAAACCCAAUACAUUUAUGCCAUUCGGUAGUGGGGUUCAUGCUUGCCCAGGAAAUGAGCUUGCCAAGCUGGAGAUGCUUAUCAUUACCCACCAUUUGGUCACCAAGUUCAGGUGGGAACUGGUGGGAUCUGAAAAUGGGAUUCAGUAUGGCCCAUUUCCUGUGCCUAUUCAUGGUCUUCCAGCAAGAUUUUGGAAAGAAUCCACUACCAAGCUUUGAUGCUCUCAGGAUAAAUAACCUGACGUGCCAAUUGCCAUCACCUCCUUUUUUAACAAUAUAAUUUGUAUUUUUUUUUUUUUUUUUGGCUAAGCAUUUCUUAUUUUUACUCUUUUAGAUUCCAGCAAUGUAUCCCCAAUCAAAAAAAAAAAAAAAAAAAAAAAAAAAAAAAAAAAAAAAAAAAUCAAUUAUUUUGGGAUAGUAAGAUUUUUUUUUACACUUCAAUUUUAUCUUAUCCCAUUCAACCCUUUCUGUA